AUGAUAAUAUCACGUCUGACAAAGGCUCUGCUUCGAUACAGAUCAUCAUGGCAUAUCAGGAGUAACGUGUGUCGACACUUGCAAACUGACGUCGAUUGGAAGAAUGGAGAAUUUGUCAACUCGACUACCAACGUGCUCCUUAUUGGGAGUCCUGGAUCAGGGAAGACAACUGUGGCCCGGCUGCUCGGCGCCAUGAUGAACCGUCCAGUGGUGGACAUUGACGAUGACCACUUAGAACCCUACUGGAACAUGACGGUGGCAGACAAGCUGUCCAAGGUUGGAGGUGAUAGGUUUCUGGAAGAAGAAGGUAAAGCGUUGUUGAAGUUCGACGGUAAGGGCCAGAUCGUCUCCCUCACAGGUUCGAACCCCAUGCAUGCUGACGCCAUGACACAUAUAGCCAAAUCAGGGACAGUAUUCUUCCUUGACUGCUCAAAUAAGGAAAUCAUCAACAGGUUAAACAUGAUGAAGGUCAACAGAAUCGUAGGUCAAGGUGACGGUGCUAGUAUGGAGGAAAUACUCAAAUACCGACGUCAAUUCUAUGAAAAACAUUAUGACGUCAGGGUUGUUUGCGAGGAAGGAGAGACCCCAGAAAGCAUUGCUAACAAAAUAAAAACCAAGUAUAAUAGUUUUGUCUACGACAAAGGCUACGUGUCGACCAGAGGCUCCACCACCAAACCCCGUGUUCCGUUUUUCCACACGGUUCUCAAAGGGCUAGCGGAAGAUGGCGGCCUCUACACAAUGGCGGGAGACUUGCCAAGAUUUACAAAUGGCCAGCUUGACAGAUUGGUGCAUUGCGACUACAGAGAGAGGGCGCUAGGUAUCCUUGAACAACUCAUUCAUCCUUUUGAUCUCUCGCCAAGGUUACUACAGAAUUUCGUAAAUGAUGCUUACCAUUGCGAAUCCUUUGCUUCCGAGGAUAUUUUCCCAGUGCGCCACCUAACGGGGAAUCAGUACAUUCUGGAACUGUUUCAUGGGCCUACGGGAUCUUUUAAAGAUGGUGCUCUACAGCUCAUGCCGAUGUUCUUCACAGCAGCCAUGGAGAUAAAUAGAACCUCAGACACACAUUUUUAUUGCAGUUACCUGAUCGUGGUGGCAACCUCGGGGGACACAGGGGGUGCGGUGUUGGACGGAUUCAGUAGACAUGCUGGUGGGUCUGGAGUGGGCGUGGUUGUCAUGUACCCUUCCCGUGGAAUCAGCCAACUUCAGCAACACCAGAUGACCACCAUGGCGGGAGACAACCUCAGAGUGAUAGGAGUUGACAGUGACUUCGACUUCUGCCAGACAACAGUUAAACAGAUCUUUCAGGAUGAAGAAUUCGCAGAUGCGCUGCAACGUGACCAUUCUUGCAAACUGAGUGCCGCCAACAGUUUGAACUGGGGUCGCCUGCUUCCUCAAAUCGUAUAUCACAUCUCCGGUUACCUCGACCUUGUCAAAAUGAGAGUAAUCUCCCUUGGUGAUGAAAUCGAUGUCUGUAUCCCAACGGGGAACUUUGGGAAUAUUCUCGCAGCCUAUUACGCCAAGGAAAUGGGAGUUCCAGUUCGACGCCUCAUCUGCGCCUCCAACAGCAACAACGUCCUCACCGACUUCCUAAACACAGGCAACUACGAUCUGACAUCACGAACACUUCUCCGCACAGCAUCCCCAGCUAUCGACAUUCUGAAGUCGUCUAACCUUGAGCGCCUCCUGUACCACGCACACGACAACGAUGGCGCUGCUGUGAGCCAGCUCUAUGCAGAUCUUGACAGGCAGGGGAGGUUUUCAGUGUCAGACGAGGUUCUUAGACGUAUUCAGAGCUCCUUCGUUGCAGGUUCCUGUGAUGAACAGACUUGCCAACAAACGGUACUAAAAACAUACAAAGACACAGGGUAUCUCCUCGACCCCCACACGGCAGUGGCCAAGUCGGUGGCAGAUAGACUCGGGGACAGAUCUUGUCCCGUGCUCAUCUCGGGAACAGCCCACUAUGCCAAGUUCGCUGACAGCGUUCUCCCUUUCAUAGGACAGAUGACGUCAUCAGAGGAUGCAUCAGUGUCGGGACUUAUUCGGAAGUCACUUGAGUUGAAACCAAGGCCUGCCAUGCAUCGGGACUUGGAAGACAUGACAACAAAACCUGUUGUCCACAGGGAAACGUCUUCAGCUGAUUAUGAAAGUGUCAAAAGGCACAUCAGGAAUUUUAUAGAACAUUUAAAGAGCUAAUCCAUAUUAGGACGUUGCCUACGCACCAUGUGAUGUUCAGCAUUACCUUCUGUUUGAGGGGGUGGUGUUUAGCAUUGUACCAGCUUGGCGGGGAUCGAUUGGGUAGCCUAGUGGUUAAAGCGUUCGCUUGUCACGCAGAAGACCCGGGUUCGAUUCCCCAUAUGGGUACAAUAUGUGAAGCCCAUUUAUUGUGUCCCCUGCCGUGAUAUUGCUGGAAUAUUGCUAAAAGCGGCGUAAAACUAUUCUCACUCACUGUUUGUUUGACCAACCGAAUAGUUGUGUCGACUUUACGACAGGUAUAGGUUGCGGGGGAUCUAGUCUAUGCUGGAAGCUCCAGGGAAUAUGGUUAAUGAACGGGCAAGACGGAUUCGGAAUGACACUUCCGUAGUAAGUGAGGACAUCGUGGGUAGUGUAUCGGAUGGACUGACCCACCAUCGCGUGCUCACACGUGCUAUACCGUUUGUAUUUUGUGAUAUCCAAAUAUCGGUUUGGCACUUACCAGAAUGGUUCAAAUGACCACUAAGUAUAUGUGGAUAAUCACUUUAAUGUUUGACUCUUGAAUGCUCUGGUGUUAUGCUAUUGGUGCCACGGUCAAUGGAAAUUUGGUGCCGUUUGAAGUUUUAUUGGUUAUCGUGGGGAAUGGGGAAGUCAGACUUUGGAACGUUCCCUGAGGGGACGAUACGUACCCCUGUAUGGGCAAAAUAAAAAUACUGAUUGUGGACGACGAACGGAUGUGGUAAUCAGGUUUAAUGAAUGAGUGGGUUUGUUGUC